GCGGUGUCCAUUGGCUCGGCUGCGGCACGUCCCUCCCUCCGGAAACGCGGACCUUUCCACUUGGGCUUGGCGGUCGCGGAUCAGAUUCUAAAUGGCUGUGGCCAAGCAUAAGGAUUCCUUGAGAAAUGGUGAAAAAGACCCACUGCUCAUUUGACUUUAAAAUUUUUUGCUAUCAGCGUUUCAAGAGCUCCACCUGGGACAAUGGUGUGCAUUCCGUGUAUCGUCAUUCCAGUUCUGCUCUGGGUCUACAAAAAGUUCCUGGAGCCAUACAUAUACCCUCUUAUUUCCCCCUUUGUUAGUCGUAUAUGGCCUAGAAAAGCUGUACAAGAAUCCAAUGAUAAAAGCCAAGGCAAAGUAGACUACAAGGGUGCAGACAUGAAUGGAUUACCAGCAAAAGGGCCAACAGAAGUCUCUGAUAAAAAGAAAGACUAAAGUGAUUGUCCCAGAGGACCUCACCGCGUUGUUUUCAAAAUGGACCUAAUAAUUUGAAGCACCUUCUUUGUAAUUGUCUCUGACGUUUUCUCUUAGAUCAGAAUUCAGGAUAGAUAGUUUAGGUAUUUACCUGAUACUAAUCAGGAAACACAUGGUAUUUAUAUUUAAAAUGUAUUUAGUAAUAUUUAAUGAUCUCACUUCUAAGUUCCUUUCUCAUUAAAGUAGCUUUCUUUUCUAUUAUUGCAGUUUUGAUAAUAAAU